UAAAGGAAACAAGGUUGAUCCUAGUAGUUAGAUGGUUGAGGUAGCACGGCUCCAGGCAGAGCACCAUUUUAGAAGGAGCUCUUAAUGGAGAGAAAAGAUGAGCACAGAUACAACAAGCCAGCUCCAAAUGGCCAUUUGGUUUAAGAGGUAGAAGAAAAGAGUUUAUGUGGGCUGUAGACAAGAACGCUCUGGAAAACAAGCGGACAGACGGAAAAAAGGACGAGCCAUGAUCACGUAUCGGAGCGGUGCAGCAACCCACUGGCUGGCUUUCAUCCUGAUAUCCUGACUAAAAGAGAGAAGAGCCGAAAGGAAAAACAGAAGUGGUGGAUACAAAGAAGACAGAGCGAGGAGGAGGGGAGGCGCUUUUUCCUCAAAGAAAAGAGGAGGGGGGGGUCCAUGCUCAGCACGUAAUACACAGAUAUCUUCCCAAAGCGUUACGCAGACGCUGACACAGGUAGGCACCCAGCCUCCACAGGCAGGCCGGGUCAACGCUGGCAAAUUAGCAAAGUGGCAGGAAAAACAGAGGAGGACGCCGCUGGAGCUGAGCGGAGGAAGAGAGCAGCCCGAGAGGAUACUGACAUCGAUAGUCGAGAAGGAGGACGAGGUGACGCGGUGUGGUGUGGAGGCUUGGUGUUGAGGGAGAGAAGACGGGGGAGGGGAGGCGGUGCUGAGGAGGAAGAGGAAGAAGCUAGGGAACUGAUGGCUCGUGGCGGUGGUUCAGGGAGGUGGAGCAGGCAGAGGAUGGGAUUCUUUAACACCAUGCUGCGCUGCAACCUCCCCCCAGAGACCCAGAAGGUGGUGGUGUUCCUCAUCAUGAUGUUGCUGAUAAUCAUCAAUGUAGUUCUCAUGUUCCUACUGGCCUUCCAGUAGAGCACACAGACCAACACUCUCAUAGACACAAACUAAGACUCCUGGAUGGAGGAGGAGACCAGGUGAAGUACAAACAGGAGAACAGAGGAGCGCUGUGCUGUUUGGACUGAUGGGCUUCCAGCAUGGCAGCAGCAGAACACAGCUCAUCAGUGAUGGCAGUGUGGUGUAUGCAGAGGGGCUCUGGGACCAUGUUACCAUGGAUGACCAGGAGCUAGGUUUCAAGGCUGGUGAUGUCAUUGAAGUAGUGGAUGCAACUAACAAGGAGUGGUGGUGGGGUCGCAUCAUGGACAGUGAGGGCUGGUUCCCUGCCAGCUUUGUACGGUUGCGUGUGAACCAGGACGAACCCAUGGACGAGUAUCUGGCACACCUAGAGGAGGCUCAGGCUGGACAGGAGGACCGGGCAAGUCUGGGCCUGUUGCUGGGACCUGGGUUACCCUGCAAAGAGCAGAUGAGAACAAAUGUCAUCAAUGAGAUUAUGAGCACAGAGAGAGACUACAUCAAGCACCUGAAAGACAUCUGUGAGGGUUACAUCAAACAGUGCCGCAAAAGGACAGACAUGUUCACUGAAGAGCAGCUUCGUACCAUCUUUGGGAAUAUCGAAGAGAUCUACCGAUUCCAGAGGAAGUUCCUCAAAGGUCUCGAGCAGAAGUUCAACAAGGAGCAGCCACAUCUGAGUGAGAUUGGUUGCUGCUUCCUUGAACAUCAAACAGAUUUCCAGAUCUAUUCAGAGUAUUGCAACAACCACCCCAAUGCCUGCAUCCAACUCUCCAAGUUGAUGAAGGUCAACAAGUAUGUAUUCUUCUUUGAGGCUUGCCGACUGCUUCAGAAGAUGAUUGACAUAUCUUUGGAUGGUUUUUUGCUGACUCCAGUUCAGAAGAUCUGCAAGUACCCGCUGCAGCUGGCAGAACUGCUCAAAUAUACCAACCCACAGCACAGGGACUACAAAGACGUGGAGGCAGCUUUGAAUGCCAUGAAGAAUGUUGCCAGGCUUAUAAAUGAGAGAAAACGGCGCCUUGAGAACAUCGACAAGAUCGCUCAGUGGCAGAGCUCCGUUGAGGAUUUUGAGGGUGAAGAUGUCCUCAGCAGAAGCUCUGAGCUCAUCUUUUCGGGAGAGCUGACCAAGCUAUCCCUGCCUCAGGCUAAGAGCCAACAGAGAAUGUUUUUCCUUUUUGACCAUCAGAUGGUGUACUGUAAAAAGGACCUCCUGCGCCGAGACAUACUUUACUACAAGGGCCGGAUUGACAUGGACCACAUGGAAGUAAUAGAUCUGGAGGAUGGUAAGGAGAAAGACUUCAACAUCAGCGUAAAAAAUGCUCUGAAACUGCGUUCGCUAGCUGGUGAUGAAGUCCACCUCCUAUGUGCUAAGAAGCCUGAGCAGAAAGAGCGCUGGCUCCGAGCCUUUACUGAUGAGAGGAGGCAGGUCCAGCAAGACCGCGAGACAGGGUUCACUCUCACAGAGGUCCAGAAGAAACAGGCCAUGUUGAAUGCCUGCAAAAGCCAUCCUGCUGGAAAACCCAAAGCGGUGUCCAGACCUUAUUAUGACUUCCUCCUGAGGCAGAAACACCCCUCUCUCCCCUCUGCUUUGCCCCAGCAGCAGGUCUUUAUGCUGGCUGAGCCCAAGCGCAAGACCUCCACCUUCUGGCACAACAUUGGCAGACUGACGCCCUUCAAGAAGUAAAAAAACUGUAAGGAAAAAGAAGCCUUGGAGAAAAGGAACAGGAGAAAGAGUCUCUAUUCGUGCCUGAAUAGACCGUUUUUAACCCUUCCUCUCUUUAAGUCCUACACAUAAUAUCCUCUAAUUAUUGAUUUAUUGUAUAGAUAUGAAUUGAAUAUGUUAUCUUUUGAAAGCACUUUAUAUGUUGGUCAACAAUCAGACAUGGGAAUGGUCCUCUGGAGACAAUGAGUCAGAUAGGUAGAGUAAACUCUCAAUAGACCUUGAAUCAAGCACUGAUUGGAACUAGAACUACUACUGUACUGCUACUGUACUAGUACAGUACUACUAUUGUACUAGUACUGCACUAGUACAAUACUAGUACUGUACUGCUGCAGGUGAGCGUGGGACUCCUGACUGUGCUGUCUCGGUGAAGACGUUGCCUGUCAACAAAACCUUGUUUAUUUUCACUCUUCUGUUGCUUCAUGAUUUGACAGAUGCCAAGUGUAUUUAGUGCCAGAUGAUCUGUUUUUAUAUUUGUUCCUCGUCUGCUUAUGAAGAGACAACAUUUCUUGUUUCCAUGUACAGAAAUAUAAUUUCAGCUAUGUUUUGUUUGGUGAUUAUGACCCACCGGGAUUUUGUACUUCUCUGGUGUAAUGUGCAAACUCCUGACGAAUAUCAAACGCAGCCCAAAGAAAAACCGGCUCAGCACAUGUUCUCGGCUGCUCCACGGUCUGAACCUCGACGACUCCUGAUACCUGCUGUGUCAAUGAAAGUACGCAACUCGCUCGCUUUUCUUUUUCUUUCUGUUCUUUGUUGAAGUGCCAUUUGAAGUGUGUCAUGGAUGCUUUACAAUGACAUGCAUGGAUGUGCUUAAAAGAAAUACUGUGAGGAAUAUUUUUUUAUCUCUGAAGAGCCCUGCUAUAUUUAACCUGAUAGCUACAGCUGGUUUCAUCGUGCAGCCAUGCUGACAGCAUAUCUCUGUCUCACACUCUCAUUCUUUUACCUGUGUUUCUGAUACUCACUAUUCCUGCUCUGUGUAUCUGAUUUCCAGUAUAAUCUCAUGUCAGAUCAGUGCAGCCCGGCGAUAUUGCUCUGUAAGUGCAUUUAGUGAAAUGUACUCCUUACUCCUUUCUGUUCAACAAUUAAACGUUCCUAAAAUGACACAUGUCGCUUCAA